UUAGAACCUUGAUUUUUAUAGAUAUCCCAAUUACCAUCCCUGUAGUUCUUAAAAAUUUGAUGUGCAAACUUGCUUGAAAUGGCUUAACAGGAAAAAAAAUGUUCAUUAAGAGAAUAAUGUUUUUACUCUUUUGGCGAACUAAUGAAGAAUUGUUUGUCCAAAGUUCCAUUACUUAUACUCUUAUUUCGCUUCAAAUCAGCAGAUGUUUCCUACAUGCGGGGCCAAUUUUCAGACGAUUGGUAUGUCAUCAGAAAUGACCAAUUCUGCGUAUCUUCAGUUGAAUCCAAUGCAACAAUUGGCAUCUUGUGGGUUGGAUAUGGGGUUAAAUUCCACUGAUUUGGCGCUUCGAAGAACCAUAAGCGCUCCUGGUUCGAUCCCCCCCGAACCAUUUCUUGACACAUCCUGUUUCACUCAAGCCCAACCUACGGCAAUUUGGGAUGCUGGUUUACAGAACAUUUUCAAUGUGGAAUUUCAACAAGGAAGAUCAUCCUUUCAAUCGCAACCAUGUACAGGUUCCAUUGAAGGUAGCAAUUUAAAGAUGGAGAUGGUGAAUGAAACAUCACUCAUUUGA